AUGGCUGACGCCCCGCCCUCCACAGCUGACGUGACGGUCUCCCUCGCCACGGCAACAAUUACGGACGGGGAGACAGCGGAAAAGGCGGCGGGGAAUGCGGGGGAAACGGUGAGCAAGUCCGGGGCGAAGAAGGACGCGAAGGCUGCGAAGAAGGCGGAACGACUGGCGGCGCGACAGGCGCAGCAGCAGCAGCAGCAGCAGGCCGCGGCGGAGGAGGAGGACCCGCUCGCCGCGAAUUACGGCGAUCUGCCGCCCGACGAGGUGCAGUCGAAGCACGUGUCGGGGCGGCAGUGGACGCGCGUGGCGGACCUGGUCCCCGCGCGCGCGGGGGAGGUGGUGCUGGUGCGCGGGCGCGUGCACAACGUGCGCGCCAAGGGGAAGAUGGGGUUCAUCGUGCUGCGCGAGGGCGGGUGCACGGCGCAGUGCGUGCUGGCGGUGGGCGCGGAGGGCGCGCACGUGAGCAAGGGCAUGGUGAAGUACGCGGCGGGGCUGAGUCGCGAGAGUGUCGUCGACGUCACGGGCGACGUCGUGCUGCCGGAGAAGCCCAUCGAAUCCACGUCGCAGCAGGUGGAGCUGCAUGUGCGGUCGGUGCACGCGGUGUCGCGCGCGCUGGCAGUGCUGCCACUCAACAUUGACGAUGCGGCGAGGAGCGAGAAGGAGAUCGAGGACGCCGAGAAGACGGGGGUGCAGUACGUGAGGGUGGGGCAGGACACGCGGCUGAACCACCGGGUGCUGGACCUGCGCACGCCCGCCAACCAGGCCAUCUUCCGCGUGCAGUCCGCCGUGGGGCAGCUGUUCCGCGAGUACCUCACGGCGCAGGGCUUCAUGGAGAUCCACACGCCGAAGCUCAUCGGCGGGUCCAGCGAGGGCGGCGCGGCGGUGUUCCGGCUGGACUACAAGGGGCAGGCGGCGUGCCUGGCGCAGUCGCCGCAGCUGUACAAGCAGAUGGCCGUGUGCGCUGACAUGGCGCGCGUGUUUGAGAUCGGGCCCGUGUUCCGCGCCGAGGACUCGUUCACGCACCGGCACCUGUGCGAGUUCACUGGCAUGGACUUCGAGAUGCAGAUCACUGAACACUACUCCGAGAUAAUGGACGUGAUAAACGACCUCUUUGUGCACAUAUUCGAUGGGCUCAACACGCGCUGGGCCAAGGAGCUAGCCGCCAUCAACCAGCAGUACCCCUUUGAACCGCUCAAGUACACCAAGGAGGGAGUGCGCAUUACAUUCCCUGAAGGCUUGGCUCUGCUCAAGGAGGCGGGGUACGAGGUGGAUGCGUUUGGAGACAUCAACACGGAGCAGGAGAAGAAGCUGGGCGAGCUGGUCAAGCAAAAGUAUGGCGUGGAUUUCUACAUCAUGCAUCGCUACCCCCUGGCUGUUCGUCCCUUCUACACCAUGCCAUGCCCAGACGACGGCCGCUACACCAACUCAUUUGAUGUCUUCAUUCGCGGCGAGGAGAUUCUUUCGGGAGCGCAGCGAGUUCACGACGCUGACUUCCUUGCCCGCCGCGCCACAGAGUGUGGGAUUGACGUCAAGACCAUUGCUCCUUACAUUGACUCCUUCCGGUUCGGUGCUGUGCCUCACGGAGGCAUUGGUGUGGGUCUGGAGCGAGUGGUAAUGCUCUUCUGUGGCCUCAACAACAUUCGCAAGUCAUCGAUGUUCCCCCGUGAUCCUCAGCGCCUUGCACCUUAA